AUGAACAUAUCUUCCAAAGCACAAACAACUACCACCAGCUUACCCAAUAUUAUAUCAGCGGCUCAAAAACGUUUUAAACCUAUCGAGACAUGUGACAACUGUAAACAACGUAAAGUAAGAUGUGAUAAAGAAAGGCCUGCGUGCGGUACUUGUCGCAAGUCCAGAAGAGAAUGUACUUAUGAUUUUUCUGCAUCCUCUAAGCGUGGUCGACCAAAAACUGAGGUCGAAAUACUGCAAGAACAGAUUGAAGACAUUCAAUCUGUGCAAUAUCAACA